AUGCUGUUAUUCCUAAACUAGAAAGGAGGAGUGGCCAAGUAAUCACGCUAGUACAUAAAGAUAAAUACAUAAUUCACUAUGGAUUUGGAUUUUCAAUAUUACUGUAUUAGCGUGGUUUUUGGUAUUAGCACCAUUUAUUGUAAUUUUUGUUGAAUUCGCCGACGUUUUAUGAAGUGCUCAUUACUGUAGUCAUUUCACGCUUAUAGAGUCUUGCUGGACAAAAAAAGGAGGCGUUCGUUGCAGCAAAACCUCUACGCGCAGUGACGUCUGUGCCCAGAUUAGAGAACAAAGGACAGGCGGUCGUUUUUAAAAACGACACAGAGCUUUUGGUUGCGUGUGUGGUGAAUGCUCUUUCCGUGCCUGCGCAGCAGCUGCAGAAGCGAUCGCGCUAACGAUUUUCUUGUCGUUUUACGAACCUGUGGGUCGAGUACUUGUGCUUUCCCAUCUUUAUAAGUAUCAAAUAGCCUGACGGCGAACGACAAUGUCCCACGAAGAAACGCUUUCGGUCCUGCAGGCGGUCUAUACCCGUCUGAAUGGAAGAGCGACGAAUGCACUACAGAAGCACGAGGUGUUGUUGCUUUCCAGUGAGUCAGAAUUCGACGCAGUGGCUACGGAGAUUGCCAGCGAAAUUGUAGCACUCGAAAAUGACCAUACCGCGUUGCUUUCGGGAGAGAACUACCUAUGCCAAGAUGUACACGGGUUCAUCGCUUCGAGAGGGUACUUGAUGAUGUUAAGAAUGGAUGUUGAACAACACCAUUAUGAAUUAUCUCUUCCUUUGUUUGUUUGUUUGUUUGUUUGUUUGUUUGUUCGUAUUGAUGCGGUCCGGGCAACGCGUACGAUCUCAUCGGGCGUUUUCUGUGCUUCUUGUGUUUUGUGCUAUGGUCUCUUACUUCUUUGGUCUCUGUGAUGGAUCACCGUAAACCGGACUUCAUCGUUCCCAGGUACGACGUCCCAACAGAUAUCGGCGAAGACGCAGCUCGAGAACAGACUCUUUAUUCCUUGCUUGUCGACCUCCAAUGCGCUCGGCUACAGCGGCAACGCUCCUUGCGAUCAAGCCUCGACACUCUUACAGGGGAAGGUGGCUCAGCAAUGCAGCAAGUUUCUUCUUGCAUGAGCCAGAUAGCGCAAUUGUGCGGCUUUCCAUCCGCUGCGCCGAUAAGUAGUUAUCUAGAGAUGCUACGACAACGACCGCUGCCACCGCCAUCAGGGAAUUUGUUGUGUCCAACGUGGCACUUCUCAAUACCGGAAACGGAGAGGCUGCUGCAGAUCAUGGACGACUUCAAUAGCGAGUACUUAGACUAUUUUUGAACUUGAAUAUACUGGUUUCGUGGAGGACGUCGCCGGAUCGAUCAUACCUCGUCAUUCAAAUUUUGAGUUAUGAUCUAGCAGACUUCAAUCCACGCACCCCAUCCAUGAGGUAUUCAGUACGAAGAGCCGUCUUGGCAAGACGCCUGGAUGUUACGAUUCAAGCCUUUCUUCGUUCUGCAAAUGCUGAGAAAAAUUUGGCCGGGAUCAAUCGGCUUAUAGCGGAUUGUCGAUGGAAGAAUGAGUCACGAAGUGUCGGCAUGUGGCAUCUCUUGAAAGCCGAUGGCAGCAUUUUCGAUGUGGAUAAGGUACUGAGGUUUUAGAAGGUUGGCUUGACAGCUUUUUAGAUUGGUGAUUAUGAAAAGCAUGGUGUAUUUGAGUUUCUCCACCGGUGACAAGUGAGUAAUUGGAAAAAUCCUGUACAAGUAGCUUGAAUUAGCAACAUGAAGAGUUUCGUGGGAUAAUAUCAGGUAAGCUCUCGCUACGCUGUGCGGUCUGUGGUGAAAACGAUAGUCAUCGGGCACGUUCCCGACCGAGGCGGCGUGCCUGAGGGCUACACGGUUGAAGAUAUUGGCAAAGACGUGACAAAAGCUAACGUUCUGCUGUCUGCCAAGGAUGCUCAGGGCGGAGCGAAGGUGCAGACGACUAUAAAACGGUGGACUGGCCAGGGCAUGGGUGUCGGCGGCGACGCUCAAGGAGGCAAGGAUGCCAAAGGCAAAGACAAAGGUGGAAAAGAUCGCGGUAGGGGUAAGGAGAAAGGCGGAGGCUACGACUACAGGCCCGGCAGUAGAAAUCCUUCUCCACAAGAGAAGAGCUCCUCUUUAGGGUACUACGGAAACAAGAACAGCGGAGGAAGCUAUUACGACAGCCAAGGCGGCGGUAAAGGUAGUUCCGGCGGAGGAGGUGGCUACUACGACUCCAAAGGCGGGAGUAGUAGCAGUGGAAGCGGGUACUACGACUCCAAAGGCAGCAGUGGCGGAGGCGGGGGAGGUGGCUACUACAAUAACAAAGGUGGUGGCGGAGGAGGAGGUGGAGGCGGCUUUGGUGGCCGUCCACAGGAUCGUGCGAAAACCAGUAAAGGUUGGAAAAAAGGAAAAUAGUUUCCUGUUCACGAGCGCGCCACCGUGCGUUCACGCAAAGAUAAAACUCAUGUUAUUUUUUUCAACCCCAUUCCCGCACAGCGCAUACGAGAUUCUUGAGUAAAAUACGACGCAAAAAAGACGCAUUUUAUGCUGAGCACCAGGC